AUGGCCCCUUCAGCCGUAGACACGAUCCCGGUCAACAGCGAGCGAGAUGGACUAGCCCUCGAGGACUUAUCGGACAAUAUUGACGCUGUCAAUGUCCUCAAAGCCCAGAUGAAGGAGAAGGAUAUCCUUGAGAAAUCCCAAUUCGAUGCCGAAAAGGCUAAGACCCUGUUCCGUCAGUACGAGGACGCCUGCGACAGAGUUAAGGACUUCUACAGGGAGCAACACGAGAAGCAGACGGUAGCCUACAACUUGAAAGCUCGCAAUGACUUUAAGUCCAAGACUCGGGCUAGAAUGACAGUCUGGCAAGCUAUGGAAAAGCUGAACACACUUAUCGAUAACUCGGACCCUGAUACGUCGCUGUCUCAAAUCGAACAUCUGCUCCAGUCAGCUGAAGCUAUUCGACGCGAUGGAAAACCACGAUGGAUGCAAUUAACCGGUCUUAUUCACGACUUGGGCAAGCUUCUUUUCUUUUAUAGUGCUGAAGGACAGUGGGACGUCGUUGGCGAUACAUUCCCUGUUGGGUGUGCUUUCGAUAAACGGAUCAUCUACCCUGAUACCUUCAAAGGCAACCCGGAUUAUGGCCACGAGAUCUAUGGCACUAAACAUGGCAUCUACACCCCUAGAUGUGGUCUCGACAAUGUUAUGAUUUCUUGGGGACAUGACGAAUAUCUUUAUCAUAUUGUCAAGGAGCAAACGACGUUACCAGCUGAAGCUCUUGCUAUGAUCAGAUAUCACUCCUUCUAUCCGUGGCACACCGGAGGUGCGUACAUGGAUCUCAUGAACGAGCAUGACUAUGCUAUGCUGGACGCAGUGAAGGCUUUCAACCCGUAUGAUCUGUACAGCAAGAGCGACGAUGUACCAAGUGUGGAAGCUUUGAAGCCAUAUUACCUUGAGCUCAUCGACGAGUUCUUCCCCAACAAGGUCAUUGCCUGGUAG